AUUUCUGUUUAUUUCAAUAUUUAUGGGGGGACGUCACUCGUGGUACAGCGGCUCUAGCGCCUGAAGCACGGCCCCCGGUUUACAACAAGCUCUAAUAGAUGCAUAAGACACUCUAGGCUGGCGCCUCUCCUCUCAUGCACGCACUUGUGAUUCAACGCAGCUCAACGCUUCCUCGUUGCCCGCCAUCACGCCCUCCUGGCCGUGGUUCGUGCUGCCUUCAUUGGCCGUUGCCGGGAAACCCUGCUCUGGACGGGGCCUGGGGAAUGACGCUCGCAGGUCGCGGCAGCAACUAGCAGGCCAGCAUCCAGCGUGCAAAGAUGCCCGCAAGGACGAAUCCCAUGCAACGAUGGCUCGCCUCAAUCCUGCCGCCAUAACGCCAGCGCCGGGCCACGAGCCAUUCACGCUCCAGCCUCUUAUCGGCGCCAUGCUUCAGACUCGCCGCUGCAUCCCGGGCUCCAUUUUCAUGGUCGAGGCCAUCGACGUGAUGCCUGUGGCGGCUGCAUCGCCGGAUGAGGACGACACGCAUGCUAUCCGAUUGGUGCUGGGAGACGGGGAGCUGUGUAUUCAGGCAUUGUUGCAUCCCGACAUGUUUUACCUGGUAGAGAAGAGGGAUGUAUUCGUGGGAUGCUGCGUCAGGGUGGGGGACUUCCUGAUGCGGCUGGAAGAGCCAGAUGGGGGUGGCGUCUUUGCAGAAGAAGGGGAAGACGACGAGGACGAUGAUGAGGAGAGGAGACAGGAGAGAGACAAAGAGGGUGCAAAGGCCAUGGCAUAUCUGAUUGUGAACGAGCUGGAGACUGCUGGAUGGAAUGAGACGUACAUGGCAUUGUGGCGAAACCAUGAGAAGAGCAACAAUGCCACGGAUGAUGCCAGCACCAAAGGGGCAGCAGUCAUGGAAGAGGAGGAAGACCGAGUCCAGGGGGCAGCGCCAGACGAGGCACACGUUACCCCCAAGGCGUCUGCGCAAAAGAGCAGCAAUGUCGUCAGAUUCGCGGGUCUGCCAGAGUCACCGUCAGUCAGGGCUCCUACCAGAACUCCUACCAGAACCCCUACCAGAACCCCUACGGAUAUGCAGGUCAAAGUACAGCAGCACGGAAAAGCCAAAGUCAGCUUCAAGUUGCCGGAACAUUCAAUCCGCGACUUUGACAAUGACGACAACGGGGCUGAUGACGACGAUGAUGACGAUGAGGACCUGGAGGGCGCAUUCGAAGCAUUCGAAGCACGCACAUUUCCCCUUCGAAAUGUUGGUUCUGGUAACAGCACUGCUGCUACCACUAGCACCACGCCCAAGACACCAUCAUCAGAUGCAAGGGAGAUGGUGGCGGCAGUAGGCGACAUUAACACCGACAAGUUGCAGCAGCAGCAGCAGCAGCAGCCCAUUGCGCUGCCUAAAGACUGGCAUAACCACCAGGUUCCCCUCAAGCUCACAACCCUGCGCCUAAUCCCGCAUCUCCCUUAUGCACAGAACUGGUCUGUCAACGUGCUCGCCAUCGUCGCCUCCCUUUCACCCGUGGAGCCCUCGCAUCUGCCGCCGGGAAAGCAGCGAACAGCACGCCUCGCCGACCCUUCGACCGCGAAACAGGUGCAUCUGACAGUAUUUCUGGACCCGGACGGUUUCACACCGAAAGUAGGCAGCGCGGUGUUGCUCGUCGGCGUGAAGAACCACCGUUUUGACGGCGGUAGCUUGAAAAAGUAUGCUAGCGAUGGGAAGAGAGAUGCUGGCGAGAAGGGGUGGUGGUUUGAGGACCCCUGGGAGCUGGAGUGGCUGGACGUCGCAGGGAUUAAGAGCUGGUGGAAAGGCAUGGAAGAGUAUUACAGGCAGACGGGAUCGGCACGAAGCGUAGGCCUGGAGUAAGAACAAAAAAAGCACUACUGCUAGCAUGGCGGAGGAGAACGUGGGGGAUCAAUCGUAUGACUUUUUUUUUUCUUUCCUCGUACUUUUAACUUUUGCUUUCAUCUUUUAAUCUUUAUUAUAGAACACUACAUGGUCUAAUUCUGAC